GCAGCCUGGCAAAUACAAGAAAAACAAACAUGGCUGGAGUUCAAUGUUUACGUUUUCUAGGUCGACAACACUGUCACACUUGGAUGCCCACUAAUUGUUUUAGAUGUUCUGUCAAUAAAUAUAGAUCUAUUGAUAUCUCUAAAAGAAAUGUUCAUGAUCAUAUUCUGAAAGGAAAAGUUGUUAAAAUAGGAUGUGCCAGUGGGUUUUGGGGGGAUACAGCGUGUGCAGCGCCACAGCUUAUUUAUGGAGCCAAAUUAAACUAUAUUAUUUUUGACUACCUCUCAGAAAUAACAAUGUCACUUUUGACAGCAGGAAGAAGAAAGUCACCAGAUAUGGGAUAUGCUCCAGAUUUUGUUCAAGUUAGUGUUGCCCCUUUCAUUAAAGAUAUAAAGACCAAAGGUGUGAAACUUAUCAGCAAUGCUGGAGGCAUCAACCCAUCUGGCUGUGCUGAAGCACUGCACAAAGUUUGUAGGUCUGAAGGUGUUGACUUGAAGAUUGCUGUCAUAAAAGGGGAUGAUCUAAUGUCUCAGGUACAAGAACUUCGAAGACUAGGCAUUACUGAUAUGCACUCAGGGGAGCCAUUUCCUGAAGCAGUUCAUAGUAUGAAUGCAUAUCUAGGAGCAGGUCCAAUAGCUCAAGCUUUAUCCAUGGGUGCUGACAUUGUCAUUACAGGCAGAUGUGCUGACAGUGCUAUGGCAUUGGCACCUCUUAUCCAUGAGUUUGAUUGGAAGAUGGAUCAGUUUGAUUUAAUGGCUGCUGGAAGUCUUGCUGGUCAUUUAAUUGAGUGUGGUGCUCAGGUUACUGGUGGAAUAUUUACAGAUUGGCAUCUAGUGGAGGAAUGGGAUCACAUUGGCUUUCCCAUUGUAUCUGUUGGAUCCGAUGGAAGAUUUACUGUCAGCAAGCCGUCUAAAACUGGUGGCCUAGUAAACAGGGGAACAGUGGCAGAGCAACUUCUCUACGAAGUGGGGGAUCCAGCCCAGUACUUCCUGCCCGACGUUGUGUGUGAUUUCACGCAGGUGGGGAUAGAUGAGCUGCCAAGCAACAUGGUGUAUGUUGAGGGUGCCAGGGGCACUCCACCUUCUGGGGAAUAUAAGGUGAGUGCUACAUAUGCUACAGGCUAUCGAUCAACAGCUGCUUGUAUAGUCGGUGGACCAAGAGCAGAUGAGAAAGCUGAGAAAACUGCCAAAUCUAUUUUGACCAGGUGUAGAAGAAUUUUUCACCAGCUAAACAUGAGUGAUUUCUCUGCAGUUAAUGUUGAAGUUAUUGGGCGUGAUAGAAGAACAGAUGAACAGAAACGUCCCGAUUCCAAAGUGCUUGGCCCCAAAGAUGCUUUGUUGUGGAUGGCUGUGACACACAAAGAUAGAAAAGCUUUGGAGUUUUUCUCAAGAGAAAUAGCGCCUGCUGGAACCGGCAUGGCUCCUGGUCUCUGUGGAAUAAUUGGAGGCAGACCAAAAGUAUCACCUGUCCUCAAAUUGUUUUCAUUCCUUCAUCCAAGAAAUAAUUUUAAAAUCACCAUAGAGAUGGAUGGCAAAGUAGUGGAGUAUAUACCCCCAAAUGUCCCAACAGCUGAAUAUCUAACACAGGCUUAUCCUGCAAGCGACUGCAAUGGAAAAGCUGAAAACAAGGCUGCAGCAAACCUUCCCAAGGGGGAGUUUUCCUACAGACUUGAAGAACUAGCUUUUACCAGAUCUGGCGAUAAAGGAAAUGAUUGCAAUAUUGGUGUGAUUGCCCGCCAUCCUGCUUAUCUUCCUUUCAUCAGAGCACAAUUAACUGCUGAAGCAGUUGAGUCCUUUUUCAUUUCUUAUUUCAAGGGAUCUGCUGAAUCAUCUAAAAGUAGAGUGCAAAGAUAUGAUGUUCCUGGUGUCAGUGGUUUGAACUUUGUCUUAAAGGGUUCACUAGGCGGAGGUGGUAUUGCAUCUUUACGUAGUGAUCCACAAGGAAAAGCAAUGGGACAAGAACUGUUAGAUUUUAGAAUCAAAGAUGUACCAAAUUUAAAGAAAUUAGCAAAGGAUGCUGUAGUUUAUUAAAAUUAUAUCGUUGUAGCUCUGAUGAAUUGCUCAGAUUGUUCCAAGAACUUAACAGAUCUUCAGUUAAUAUCAAAUACCUCUACUUACAGACAUUUUAUUUAUCAGUAUUAAUUAUCAAAUGACUAGUGCAUAGUUGUUGUUUUUGUACUCCUGAUCAUUUGAACCAUACAAUAGUGAUAAAAUAUACUAUAAACUUAUUAUGCUGUAGCAAUAAAUAUUUCAAAAGAUUCUCAUAUAUACAUGCUUAACAAAUUACAACUUUACAAAAGAUCACUACCUAAGUUGUUAACAAUAUAUAAGAUAACUGGAAUUUUUUUUUUUGUAACAAAACUUUUUUUUUUUCUAUUUACCUUUGUUGUCACUAUCAUCAUUCCAAAUUUUUUUUAUUUCCUACAUCUUACAAUUUUUGUUUUGUAUUUUUUUUUUUAGUCAUGAAAAAUUAUUAUUCUGUUGUUAGCAAAACAAUUUUCUUUAUUAAAAGUAAGGACUGUUAAGUAUAUAUUUUUUUAAUUUAAUGUUUAAGUUUAAAGCAAUAGUUACAAGUUAUUUAUUUCUUGUUAACAUCUCGUCUAUGGUUAUUGAUGCUCUUAUUAGACAAGAUUUAGCCUGGUUACUUUUUCUUUUUGUUAGAUCUAGUGCUCGACUUACAUCUUUUUCGUUUUGAGGAAGUUCAACUUACAUUUGGUGUUUGAAAGCGAUCUGAUUUAAUUCAAAUACAUUUUGUAAUGAAUGUUUGAAUUGAAAUUGGCAACAAUGGUCCAAUUUGUUUUUUAGUUACUGGUACUAGCAGUAUUGACAAUAUUUAGAUUAUGUGUGUGUGUGUGUCUCACUUUACCAAUUGUUUGUUAGUUUGAAAGCUAUAUAUUCAUUUGUAUGUCUUUGAUAACUAUAUACAAGUUUUGUUUGGCAGUAGUUCUACAUUUAGUAUUCUAUGUAAUACAGAUGUAAUCUUGAUAAUUUAUUAUAUAUUUUUUAUACAUACUAUAUACAUUUUUACACUGGAAAUCGUUUUCUAAAAUACAUCUUAAAUUUAUUUGAAACACUUUUUUUUAAGCUGAAGUAACAAUCUAUAUAGUAAUAAAUAAAGCAAUACUAUAUAAAAAUUGGUCAUCUCUACUACUUAUGCUAUAAACUUUGAACCUCUUAGACAUGUUAUAAGCCUACAUUAAAAAAUCUUAUAUCUUGACUGCAAAAAACAACUUUGUUUAAAAAAAAUUACUUAUUUAUAUUUUCUUUUCUUUGUAGUUAUUAAAUCCUUUUUUCUUUCUUUCUUUUUUUACUUUGUUGUUUUCUUAUUAAUUUAUUAAAACAUUUCACUAUGCUCCCUUUGUUAUGCAUGCCCUAUGACUAAGUCUCUUAUUCAAUUAUACAUGUUUAAGAAUGAAAUAUGCUGAACUCUAAAAGAAGUAAUACAUUUCUAUUUGAUUGUCAUCAUCUUCUAAGUUGUUUUGUUAUAAGUGCAAUAAAAUAUCUCUUUAACACCUGU